GCAGCUUAAUCACAUACCGAAAUCUAGCAAAAGUAGCAGGAGAGUUGACCAAGCCGAAGGUUAUAUGGUGGGUAAUAUGAUUUCAGUGUUUUUGUUUUAGCAGAGUGGGAUAGUCAUUUCCGGGUGUCGCCAGUCGCUGGUCCCACGAUUUGGUUACAUUCCUGGGAACACGUCUCUCCCGCAACAGAACGUUUUGGAGGAUUACUUUUUGGACAACGGGGCGAGUUCACGAAGAACUUGUGCAGACAGAGAAACAGCGGUGUAACUUAGAAAACAAAAAUGCUGAUCCAAUGUUAACGUGACCGAACACAAUUUAUGCAAGAAAACAGAAUGGAGAUCAAAGGAAUGUUAUAAAGUCAGGGGUAGCGCCAUUGUGUUUAGAAGAGGAAGGCAUUUGAUUUAGCGGUGAGGGAAAGGGAAUCUCUAAUUUAAGUAAAUUACCAAACUGGCAAACAGAGCACUGCAACCAAAAUUAAACCCAUGAGGCUUAAUAUGGCAUGGAAAAGUUGGAUAUCUAACGAGUGUGGAAAACAUCUACUUCUGCUCUUGUGGUUGGCUGUCAACGUGUGGCUGUUUUGGAAAACGUUCAUACUGUACUACAGUGGUCCACAAUAUUAUUAUCUGCACAGAAUGCUGGGGCUAGGAUUGUGUAUUAGCAGGGCCUCGGCAUCUGUCCUAAACCUCAAUUGCAGUCUUGUGCUGCUGCCCGUGUGCCGAACUCUCCUGGCUUUCCUACGAGGAUCACAGAAGGUAGCUAGCAGAAAAGCCAGAAGGUUGUUGGAUAAAAGCAAAACAUUCCAUGCAGCAUGUGGUGUGACUGUAUGUAUCUUUUCAGAUCCAACUGCAGCUGUUUCAGCAGGAGUGUCUCAGAUGCUCGUCCUGGAGAAGGAGUCGGCUCCACGCCGAGUGGUCCAUGUUGCAGCCCACAUGGUGAACAUUCUGAAUUUCUCUGCGCGGUACAGUGAAGAUUUCCCUUCACUUAAUGUUGCUCACUACAAGGGGGAGGACCCUAGGUUAAUUAUCUUUACCACUGUUCCAGGAGUAACUGGUAUCCUCAUGGUGUUGAUUCUUUUCUUGAUGUUUACGGCUUCAUCAUACUCCAUAAGAGUCUCUAACUAUGACAUUUUCUGGUACACCCAUAACCUCUUCAUUGUCUUCUACAUUCUGCUGUUGCUUCAUGUGGCUGGGGGUGCACUAAAAUAUCAGAGCAACGUUGAAGCCCACCGUCCUGGAUGCUUCAGUCCUAAUAAAACUCUCCAGGUGCGGCGACUGAAACCAGAGCCCCUUCCUGAAUCUCACCUGGAACGUUCUCAUGAGGACUUCCUCAAACCACAGCCUCAUGUUGAAGACAACUUUGGCAAUGUCUGCAAAGAGGAGCCACAUUUCAAAUCGCAUUUCCCUGAGACUUGGCUGUGGGUGUCUGGCCCUCUUUGCCUUUACUGUGCAGAAAGACUUUACAGGUACUUUCGAAAUAGUCGACCGGUCACCAUUGUGUCUGUGACUAGCCUCCCGUGUGAUGUCAUCGAGGUGCGCAUGGUGAAGAAAGACUUCAAGGCCCGUCCCGGCCAGUACAUCGUUUUACAGUGUCCAAGUAUAUCGACCUUUGAGAGUCAUCCAUUCACUCUUACAGUGGAAUAUCUGAUUCAACUAUCCACUGGUUUGGAAAUCUUAGCCGUUUGCUUCAUCCGAAAAAGAAAUAUCCAGUGUCCGACUGAAAAGAGAACAACCUUUGGGGUCCAUCUUCGAGUGCUUGGAGACUGGACGAAACAAUUUAAGGAGCUGUUGCUUUCAAAAUCGACCCCAGACUCUGAGAUCCUACCUAUUGUCCAGCAAAGAAGAUAUCCCACGCUGUAUAUAGAUGGGCCGUUUGGGAGUCCAUCUGAAGAAGUCUUUAACUAUGAAGUCAGCCUGUGUGUCGCUGGAGGUAUAGGAGUCACCCCAUUUGCUUCUGUACUUCACACACUACUAGAUGAAUGGAGGCAUUUUAAACUCAGGAGGCUCUAUUUGAUCUGGGUCUGCAGGGAAAUCCAGUCCUUCUACUGGUUUGCAGAUCUGCUAUGUGCUCUGCAUCAGAAGCUUUGGCAGGAGAAUCGUCCAGACUACUUAAACAUCAAGCUGUACCUCAGUCGUACAGAUGGGAUACAGAAUCUCAUUGGUGACAGGUAUCGGGCACUGAACUCGAGGCUUAUCAUAGGAAGACCUCGAUGGAAACUUCUUUUUGAAGAAAUCUCAAAGUGCAAUAGACAGAAAAAUGUUGGUGUAUUUUGCUGUGGGCCAAAAAAAAUCUCCAAGACCUUACACAAACUCAGUAACAGCACCAGCUCCUCUGGGACAACAUUUGAAUACAACAAAGAGUCAUUCAGCUGAACAUGCCUUAACACUAGAAGGACCGGAGAUAUACUCAUACCUGGAAGCCCCGCAGCAGACUUCUGACGGCUGUAUUCAAAACACUGUAAAUAGUAUAACGAAAGGAGAAACAGUCGGAUGUAAUUAGGUUUUUUUAUUGAGUACAUUACAUAAACAUCUGAACAACCGAA